AAAUAAACCACCUUUCACUUGAUAUUAAACCCUCAGUUGGUUCUAUACAUAAUAUUUUAUCGUUACACAUUUUAAAUCACAAUUAUAAGAUUAACGAUAACACUUACUGUAGGGCGUUUUUAAAUGCUGACAGAGACAGGCAGGCAGGAUCAUGAGGCCAAGGACUUAUGUGUGCAUUUACAGAUAAGAGUUUCCCACGAUCCUUACAUGAUUUUAACAAAAGAAUUUCUUGUAAAAUUUGUAUAUUUUGUGGGCCUGAAAUAAAACUAAAACUAAAAAUAAAAAUAAAUAUUUUUGGUGAUAUCUAAGGGCAAUAGUAGGAACUAAAUAAAAUAUAUUAUUUAAACAAUACAAAUUUAGGGGGAAUAUUGCGCCGAAUUAACCACUUUCCUGGGUUAUGUAAAGCCCAGACGUUGGUGUAGACGGACGGUAUAAAGGUCGGCUGUGCCCCCAGCUGCCCAAGAGUUGCUCGCGAACUUCACAACAGCAACCAUCAUCUAGCAGUGUGAUCUUUAUAUGGGACGUUGGCUUUUUCUUAUUACCGAUUUGUCGUCACAUUCACUAUUGCUCCGACUGCGGUACUUUCUCGAAGGAUUUUGUACGCUGUAGCUGUAAUCGUCAUCUAGAAAUAAAUAUUUUAUUUAAAACCAAAAAAUAUUAUUUAAAACAUGCAGGCCAUUUUGGUUGCAGCAGCGAUCCUAAGUGUAACAAGUGGUCAAGAAUAUUUUCGGGAGCCUGAAAAAAUAAUAAGCGACUCGCGACAGGUAGGAGACAAACUUGGACAGUAUUCGGUGGCAUAUCAAACAGACGGUGGAAUUUUGCAAAAAGAAGUUGGAUCACGUAAGUAUGCAGGAACCGCUGACGAAGCCCAACUGAUUCAGGGAUCUGUGCAAUACAAUGCGCCCGAUGGAACACCAGUUUCAUUCAGUUGGUCUGCUGACGAAUUCGGGACCCAGAUACAUGGGACGCAUAUCCCGACACCGCCACCAAUUCCACCAGAAAUUCAAAGGGCACUCGAUUGGCUCGCAAAGCAGCCUUCUACCACCGAGGAAAAUUACGACGACGACGAUUCUAGCAGCACAGAAGCUCCUGCUAAAGAGUCGAGGCCUUUGGAGGCCGAAAAAAAAAUAGUUAAAGAUCCGAAAUUUCGAAAUCAAUUUAGACGUAAUUAAUCCGAUUGCGUUAAUGUUAAAUUUAUGUAUCAUUACUCAAUUAGUAUUAUGUUAAAGUUUAAAAAUUGUUUACAAUAAAAUAUAUAUUUUAUUAUUUUUUAUUAA